GGGCGGGGCCUGUGCUGUGCGUCCGGGCUGCGGUCCUCUGAGAAGCCGGGCGUCAGGGUUCCAGGCACUUCCUGAAGCGCUGUAGGCUGCCACUGCUCACGUGUGGGAUGUUGCUUUUGGCGUUGGGUGGCCUCUGGGCAUCGGGGCUGCGACUCGGCUGGAAGAGGACUGUUCCGUGGGCAGGCACCGCGCUCGGAGCCCACAGGGCUGCUGUCUCACGGGCCGCCUCCCGCAGCUGCCUCUCAGGGCUGUUUGGUGGCAGCAGCGUGGGGCUGCGGGGUGCUGCACCGCUUCUCCGGUGUCCCCUGCAAGGGCAGAUACCUGUUUGUUGGGAAAGAUAUGUUCAGUGUUCACAUACACAACUUGAAAAAUCAGAAAAUGGAAGACUGAUUUAUACUGGGAAUUUGGCCCGAACAGUAUUUGGUGUGAAAUGUUUCUCUUAUUCUACAAGUGUGAUCAGCCUUGCAGUUCUACCAUACAUUUUUGCACAAAAUAAUAUUGUAUUUGGAAGUCUGCCUUUGCAAAUCUUAUUUUAUGGCAUCAUAGGAAGCUUUACAGUGAUCACUCCAGCACUGCUUCACUUUGUUACAAAAGGCUAUGUCAUUCGGUUAUACCAUGAAGCCACAACAGACACUUAUAAAGCCAUUACUUAUAACGUUGUGCUUUCAGAAACAAGUACAGUGUUUCACCAGAAUGAUGUGAAGAUUCCAAACAGCACACAUGUGUUUACCACAUUUUAUGCUAAAACCAAGUCGCUGUUAGUUAAUCCAGUGCUCUUUCCAAACCCUGAAGACUAUAACCAUCUAAUGGGUUAUGACAAACCAUUCACUUUCGAUAUGGAGGAAGCCAGUGAAAAGAAACAGCUUAAAGAUGAGAAAUGAGUUCAUUGUUUUUAUGUUUGUGCUUAAAUGUGAUUUAUGUUCUUAUGUAUAAUUAUAAAAUUGCCUUUAUGUUUGGUUUUUGUUAGUGACUAAUUGUUAAAAAGAAUUUGAAGUUGUAUCAAACAACUUUUAAUUUUCAGAGAAUUAUGUUCAUUUUUAAUAAGCUAUGUUUGGAAAAGCAUGUAAUAUUUACCAUUUGUGUUAAAGGUAUGAAAAUACAUGUAUAUGCUGGCA